CAAAUGCAAAGGAAGCAAAAGGUGCCAUUGCCCCUGUGUUGCUAGCGAGCCCCUGAAAUUCUAGGGCCGGCAGGUGCAGAUCAGUUUCUCCGGCCCUAAUUCACCUCCCACCCCCCUCCGACUAUUAUACACAACCUCGCUCGCAUGCGAACUUCUUUUGUCCACAACUCUUCCUCUAAAAUUCGAUCUCUUCCCUAACUCAUCCUCCUCGAGUCAAGAGCCCCCAAUGGAGUCUACCAAUAGACACCAUGAGCUCGAAGCCCAGGACGACGAGCUCCCCACCACGAGACGUCCACCUGCUCAACUUAGACCAGCUCCAGUCUCGAAGACUGCCGGUUCAAGGAAGAAAACAGUCCCUCAAAGACGAAAGAUCGGAGGUCAAUCUGAGCUGGCCAUGCGUACAACACCAUCGACUGUAGUUGAAGGAGAGGAAAUCAACAAUUCGCAACUAGUAGUUCGGACGAGAUCAGAGAGAGACACUUCGAGAUUGAUGGCGAGCCAGCCAGCUAACACCUUCACAUGCUUCUCCAGGCUUCCUCCUGAGAUUCGAAAUCUCAUAUGGUCUUGGGCGGCUGUCGUUAUCCCAGCAAGUUCUCCUCGUGUGUUGUGGGUCGCUCCGGAUCCAGAGGAUCUUGAGUCUGAGCCGAUCUCCGCGAAGCUAAAUCAACAACUGCGAGUAUGCCCAGGCGUGGCGUUCUCUAAUCCCGAGUUGUUGACGGCCUGUCGGGACGCAAGAUUGGUCGCCCUCAAAGAAUACACCGCCUGGGCCCUGGCCGCCGUCAAGACUCAUGUCCCUCUUCGGGGAGCUGCUUAUAUCAACAAAACAUUCGACCACGUCUACUUCAGAGGCAUGUCCGAUUUCUACUUCCUGAGCUUGCUAAAAGAGGUCGAUUACUUUCCCACUCAUCAGAAUAAAGACGGAAAGUUCGAUGUUCCCAUUUUGCGUCAACUCCUCGCCCAAUUCAACGGCAUCCAAAAUCUAGCCAUGAGUUGGGAACAGUGGCACCUUCUUAUCGACGAUGGUCACGACAUUAAAUGGUUUCGGCGUUUGCCUCCUUUGAAAGUCCUGACAAUCGUUCUCAAAUUGAGAAUUGAUGAUAUGACCGACAGAAUCCGGGUACCAUCUGACCAACGCCUCUGUCGUCUGGAGCGCGGCACACUACGGGCUAUUUGUGGAGAGAAGAUCCGGUGGUGGACGCAGAAAUGCCUGGAGCUUUUCAGUCAGAAGUUUCCAGAGUAUUCAAUUCCAAAAGUCCGCGUCAGACAGCUGUCGUCUGCACCACCCGUUGAUCAUACCUCCAGCGACGAUAUAGAAUUCGAUCAGGAGUUUGACAAGGACUAUCGUCUUGAGGGAAAACGCCACUUUGGGAAAAUGCCACGGCCUUUGGAUAGUUCAGAUUAG